GCUGCCCUAGCAUACGGAGUAGUAAAUUCUCUGUACCCUCCGUCUCCCAGGCUUAUACCUGCCGAGAAGGAUGAGUAACUCGGUUAACGGAGUAGGCGGUAGCAACCGUGCCACCACCUCCGUAAACGGCGGAGGCGACCCCGCCGUGGACAAGGGCGUGGAUUACGCCAACUACUUCUGCACCUACGCCUUUCUGUACCACCAGAAAGAGAUGCUGUCCGACCGAGUUCGCAUGGACGCUUACUUCAAUGCUGUUUUUGAGAACAAACACCACUUCCACGGAAAGACUGUUCUGGAUGUAGGAACAGGGAGUGGCAUUUUAGCAAUAUGGUCAGCUCAAGCAGGCGCAAGGAAAGUCUAUGCAGUGGAAGCUACCAAGAUGGCACAACAUGCCCGUGAACUUGUAAAAGCAAAUAAGCUCCAGGAUAUAGUUGAAGUGAUUGAAGGAUCAAUGGAAGAUGUUACACUUCCAGAGAAAGUUGAUGUAAUCAUCUCAGAAUGGAUGGGAUACUUUCUUCUGCGUGAAUCAAUGUUUGACUCAGUAAUUUGUGCCCGUGACCGCUGGCUGAAGCCAGAUGGAGUUAUGUAUCCAAGCCAUGCUCGCAUGUGGUUGGCACCUAUCAGCUCUAAAUUAGCAAAUCAAAAAAUGAGCGACUUCGAUGGAACCAUUGAUGACUGGUACAAUUUUGUUGAUGAGACUAAAACUUACUAUGGUGUGGACAUGAGCAUCUUUACAAAGCCGUUCACUGAUGAGCAGAGGAAAUACUAUUUACAGACAUCACUCUGGAAUAACCUCCACCCAAAUCAAGUUAUUGGAGAAGCUGGCAUUAUAAAGGAAAUAGAUUGUUUAACAGCGACAAUUGCGGAUAUACUUGAUGUUCGGGCAAGCAUAUCAACUUCAAUUUUUGCUGAAGAUACCAGGUUCUGCGGUUAUGCUGGAUGGUUUGAUGUCCAUUUUAGAGGAAGUAUGCAGAAUCCAGCUCAACAGGAAAUUGAAUUGACAACUGCUCCAAGUGAAGAUUUUGGGACCCAUUGGGGCCAGCAGGUGUUCCUCUUACAUCCUCCUCUUAGCGUUGGCCAAGAUGAUGAAUUAAUCAUCCAUGUUUCCAUGAAUCGCUCUCAAGAAAAUCAUCGAUUAAUGGAGAUUGAAUUUGGCUGUGAGAUAAGAUAUUCUUCUGGGAAAUUGCUUCCCCCUUUCAGAAAUAAAUUUUACAUCGAAUGAGAAGCAGGGUUGCUGAUAACUUGCCAAGGUUGUGGAACUGUUUCAUCAUUUUUCAACUAGGAAUUGCUUGUGGUUGGUUUCUUAAUAGAAUGUUUCUUUUUCUUUGAUCCAAGCUGGCUGGCAAGUCAAAGUAAAUCUGUGGUACGCAUGAGAAUCUUGCGAAGCUUUCUCAGGGUGUAUCGAACAAUUUUGUGUGGUCGUCUAUUCCAGCGCCUGCAUACAAAGAAUGGACGACUUCGGAAUCCAAGUGCAUCUUCUCUGGAACUCAUGCAUUUCAGUUGUAUUUUCAUUUCGGGUCGUUUGCAACUUGGGUUUUCUCUGUGAGAGCCUUGAAUUUUGUUAGUUUGGUUUUACUUUAAUAUACACCUGCUCUUCUUUUCCCCCCUUCUCUUCCUCCCGGGCAGCUUCUGGGGCUGGGGUCUUGGGUGAGAGUGAAAAACGACCCAAAGGGGGCAUAUAGAGACUGGAUACCACCACUUAUAAGUUGCAAUUAAUACUACUGUAAUCUAGUGCCUGAGAGACACGGCAUCCAAAAACUUUAUCGUCUAAUGGGAGAUAGCCCAUCUUCCUGGGUUUCUUAUUCA